CACUAAUAUCAUUUGAGAAUAACUUGAUCCUACAAGGGUACCCUCUUGCAAAUCGCUUUUACUUUGCCGAAUAUCUCUGGUCGCCACUGUCCCUCACCGCAAGAACCUCAAUUACAAAGACGCCGAAAUGUCUGACGCCCGAUUACGUCGUGUCCAGAAAGAGAUCAAGGACUGUGCAAAGGACAAGACGAGUGGUAUCGCCAUCGAGAUGAUUGACGAGAACCCUUUCCAUCUUGUUGGCGCUUUUCCUGGUCCCCCCGACACACCAUAUGAAGGAGGUUAUUACGAGGUCGACAUUGUCAUUCCCGAUACAUAUCCGUUUCAGCCCGUCAAGAUGAAGUUCAUAACGAAGGUGUACCAUCCCAACGUUUCAUCUGCUAGCGGCGCGAUCUGUCUCGACAUUCUUAAAGAUGCCUGGUCACCUGUCCUUACCCUGAAAUCCACUCUCAUAUCCCUCCAAUCCCUCCUCUGCGAACCCAUUCCCAACGACCCUCAAGAUGCCCAAGUAGCCAAGCACUAUCUCUCCGACCGCGCAUCGUUCAACGACACAGCCAAGCACUGGGCUCACGCUUAUGCUCAAGCCCCAGCGGGGAAGAGCCAGGGUGGAGCUGCGGGUAGCGGGAAGAAGGCGACCGAUGCUGAGUUGGCUGGAUUGACUGAGGAGAAUGUUGCGUCGUUCACGGACAUGGGUUUCCCCAGGGAUCGAGUGAUUCAAGUGUUGAAGAGCAAGAACUACCGUGGCAACAACGUCAAUCCUGCCAACUACAACACUGUGCUCGAGGAACUUUUGAGGGAGUAGACGACUGUACAAUGGGGGCUAGGGAGCGGUCGCGAACGCAAGUGCAGCAUUCAUAGUCACGGACCCUUCAUGUAGCAUCAAGAACGUAUCGUUUCACCAGGGCAACGGAUGAAGAGAGGGGUGA